AUGGCCGCCCGUUUCCUCCUCGCCGUUGCCGUUGCCGUCGCUCUCCUCCUCCGCCCCGGGGAUGCGUCCGUGCACGAGUACCGCGGGCUCAGCUUCGCCAACAAGGGCAACGCCUUCAUCCUCCACGCCGGCAGCGAGGGCCUCUACGCGGCCUCCCACGCCAACACCACCGCCGAGGACGACGAGGACGCCGCCGCGCUGCCCGACGCCUUCAUCCGGUUUGACAAGAUUACUUUUAGGCGACCAGAAGAUACUAACGAUUCUGUGAAGGGGGCUAGUUCAGCUAAGGUUCAGGUACUUGUUUUUGAGAUAGAAGACCGUGAAAUGAUUGGUGGAUCAGCGUAUGGAGGUCAGAAGGCUAUUUGUUGUACUUCAGAUCUUGCCAAAUUAGGAGCUUGCGCAGAAGGUUCUGUCAUCUACCGCCCAUCCCAGGUAAAUCCUGGUUGGCCAAAGUUGUUUGUUGCAUCUUUUGAUGGAAGUGAUCUGAUCGCAACGCUACCAUCACGGACCAUUCCAAUUACCAAAACUGGGAUGUACAAUAUGUACUUUAUACACUGUGAUCCAUCACUUGCUAGUUUGGAAAUCGAGGGGAAAACCAUAUGGAAAAAUCCUACUGGAUACCUUCCGGGUCGGAUGGCACCUCUUAAGAACUUUUUUGGACUGAUGUCUUUUGCAUUUGUUGUACUCGGGAUCUAUUGGUUUUAUCAGUACAUGAAAUCUUGGAGAGAGGUUCUUCCACUUCAGAACUGUAUUACUCUUGUGAUUACACUGGGCAUGUUUGAGAUGGCAUUGUGGUAUUUUGAGUAUGCUGAGUUCAAUGAGACUGGAGUUCGGCCAAAAGGUAUCACAUUUUGGGCUGUCACGUUUGGAACUGUAAAGAGGACGGCUGCUGAAGUUAUUGUUCUCAUUGUCUCAAUGGGAUAUGGUGUUGUCACGCCUACUUUGGGUGGCUUGACAUCGGAAGUGGUCAUGCUUGGAGGAACGUUCUUUCUAGCAACAGAAAUUCUUGAGUUGGUAGAAAAUCUUGGUGCUGUUAAUGAUCUAUCUGGAAAAGCUCGUCUGUUCUUGGUCUAUCCAGUGGCCAUUUUAGAUGCCGCAUUUGUUAUUUGGAUAUUUAUUUCUCUAGCUAAGACCAUUGGUAAACUUCAGGCUAGAAGGUUGAUGGCCAAACUUAACAUUUAUAGGAAGUUUGCAACUGCAUUGAUCGUAUCUGUUCUGGUGUCUGUUGGGUGGAUUGGCUAUGAGAUUUACUCCAAAUCAACAGAUGUAUUUAAUGAACGAUGGCAGCAUGCCUGGAUUAUUCCUGCCUUCUGGCAUGUCUUGUCUUUCUUACUUCUUUGUGUCAUUUGCUACCUGUGGGCACCUUCACAGAACUCAAUGAGAUUUUCCUAUGACGCAAGCGAAUUCUUUGAUCGAAAGGACAAUCUAUCAUUAAUUAGGCCAGCACCCAGUGCUUCCAAGAAUGGGUGGAGUUUAUCUUCCACACCAGAGCCCAAAGCUACAAAGGACGUGAAUACCGUAACAGAUUUUGAAGGUGAUGAUGAGGAAAACAAAAGGGAGUAG